AUGCUGCUGUCUGACGACGACCGAAGUGCUGAGAAGGUGUUCGUAACGGCCGACCCCAAGAUCCACGACAAGGAGCCGAUGUACGCCGGCUCCGACUCGAUGGAGGGGUUGGCGUCCGACAUCAACAACGAAAAGAAGGAUGAUCGCCUGAUCAUCGACAUCGAGCUGGGCCACCGGGUGACCCACGAAGAGACCCCCCGGAUGGGCCCGCUCGCCCGCAUCAAGCUGAGAAUGAAGCCGCUGACGUGA